AUGGCGCCAGUCGGGGAAGCAUACUUUCCUCCUCUCGAUCGUUGUUUCGACGGCACCCAACAGCUCUGGUCGUGGGAACUUUGCCUUCACAUCCUAGCACGUCCUACAGCCCCCGAAUAUGACUCGAUCAAGAGCUUCCUACUCGAUCCACAGACUCAGGACUAUAUCCUUCACCCUACCGCCCCAUUUGGCGCGCCCAAUACGCAAAGCAAGUCAAGCUUUGAAACAAAAACCUCCGCCGUGAAUGUAUCACCAAAUUCCCACUCUCAUUACAACAUCAAGCAAAUUAAAGAGGAUAGUCUAUUGUUGAGCAAGGAAACCCAGAUAAACGAGUUAUCGGCCUUGAGAAUCGCGGUUUUGGAAUGGCAGAAGCAGCCGGCUACAGAAUUGCUACAAAGCGCCGUGUCAGGGCCAGAAGGGGCGAGACUUACAGGAGUCGCAAAUCGAUCCCUGCUGCUUCGAAAUGACCUCGAUCUUGGUCUUUCACGAUCGCAGCGGCCGACGGAGGAGGAAGCCCAAGGCUCAGAUGAGAGCACCCGGAGACGGCGAAUGAUUGAGCUCCUACUUUCAGAGCGCUGCUACAUUCUGAAGUGCAGCGAGUACAUUCUAUCGCACUACCUGGCUACACGUAAAAACGUAGAGAAUGCUCUGCCGGAUGAGAAGCGCUCUGGUUGGCUUAGAGAAAUUGGACUGGAGCUCUUCACUCGCUGGGCGCCACAUGGAAAAGGCAAAGGGAAAUCUCGAGACCAUUUCUUUGAGAUUGCUGCUGGAUCCAUUGGGUCAAGACUUCAGGCACUGGCGACUGGUAGCGGCUGGUCUGGACUUGGCGUGGAGCAAGAGAAGGUUGAGAUACUUUGGGGAUGCUGCCAGGUCAUUGAGAUCGUGCACAUCCUGCAGAACGUGCAAGCUUUGCUACAGGCCCAACAAGCACCUGUCGAAUCAGCAUUGAUCUUGUCAUGGUUUCGAUUGAUGGGCGAGUGCGGAUUUUUCGAGGGGUUUCAAUUGCCAUAUCCUGGGUUUGAGACGAAGUACAGCAUGCCCUUACAAUCCCUAGCCGCUCUGAUUUCCCUAACCAUUCUCAAUGUCACGGAAGCGCUUGAUCUACUAAAUCUUGUCGCUUCUGGAAAUCCACCCAACUUCGGCUCGCACGAUUCCGUCCCGUACAUUCUAGAUCAGGUAGCGGUUCAUGAGAUCAACGACGUCCUCAUCUCGUUCGCUCCUUCGGCCGUAGCGAGUCUUGCUGUCAUGUCUUGGAGCAUCAUUACGCAGACCAUCCGAGAGAUGGCGUCUGCAGCUCGGGAAUCACGCGAAAUGCGACAGUCUACCCGGGCAGCUGACAAGUAUGGUGGCGGAGAUUCAUCGGAUACGGAUGGAUAUGAGAGACCGAGUUUUAUGCCUAGUAUUCGACGAAGAUCGUCAACCAGCAGUGACACUUCUCAGCAAUCGACGCUGGUUGAAGAUAUCUAUGACAGAAUAUGCAUCACAGAGGUCGACGAUCCAGUACCCUAUCUGGCUGGCAACGCAGUCGAGGGGGGUAAGUUGUUUGACAUCAUUACUGUAGUUGCUACAGAGUACUGCACGCCUUACGGUUACGAGCAUGAGGGAUUUCCAGACAAAGAGAUGCGCAAAUGCUUGCUCCAGCUCAUUCGAGCAUGCGUUGGGUUUGUAGACUACCAACCUGCAUUCUUCAGUGCUACUCUUGCUGCGAUCAAAGGAUCAGAGCGGUACUGGGACUGGGUGAUGAGUUCAUCUCGUUCGCUCUCUGAGAGUCCCGCAGCGUUCUUACGCGAUGACGAAAUGCUCAAAUCGAACAUGUUCCUCGUUGCUCUCUCUCGCUUCCCACAUGAAUCUGAGCCUAUCUUGCAGCUCUCGCAAGCGUUGACCCUGCAGGACAACAACAAAGAAAACGCUCUGGUCUUUCAGGAGCUUGAUCUUUUCACAUGUCAAUUACCGCUGGAGUACGACGGAUACAGAAACGUAGAAGAAGAACAGGAGGUCGACUAUGUCGAGUUGGCAAGGGACUACGAUUUCGACAUCGCUACAGCACAAAGUGUCCUACAAUCAGGAAAGGCUGUUACCGCCCGCUCUUUCAAUUCCCAGCGUCUCGCUAGCACGGUCUUCCGGUUACCAGAAGGUACUCGUGGCAAAGUCCUAUCUAAUGGGAAGCCUUUGGUCGUGGCCUGGAAUUAUGAGUAUUCCGGCCUGGGCUAUCUUGGACAAGUCCUGGACUGUGCUGCAGUCGCAAUCAACUCCAAUGAGACAGACGGGUCUCCCGCUUCGCCGGAAAUUGUUGGAGAGACCAUCGCCUUUAUCUCAGCUCUCCUACUCUCCGCUACCAAAACAUUCGAAGAGUCUGCUGCAAGACAUGACGCAGCAGCAUCGAUUCUGAAUCAACUCAGUCAAGGUGUCGAUCGAGAUCGUGAUAUCGUAAGCGUGGUAUUUCAGAUCUUCGAAAAUGAGCUACACAAGCCGAGGAAGGGGCCUGACGAAGAGGACUCCCUAAAUGUGAUGAUCCAAUGCGUCAACUUUACGCACGCAAUCCUACGCGUCAUGCCUGAUAGAGUCUGGCCAUUUUUGGGACGGAGUGGGUUGCUAGGAGAAGAUGGCGGCUGCCUCAAUACUAUUAUAUCCUCCAUUGAAAUCGUUUUGGGUCGCUACGAUUUCUUGUAUGGCUGUAUUCGCCUUUUCGACACGCUUGUGGAAGACGUUGUCGAAAAAGCGAUGUCACGUCGUACCCCUUCGAAGGCCAUUGCACGCUUUGGCGCAGUCAAUCUAUUUGGCUCUGGUGUCUCGCAUACAAUCAUGCAGAAGGUUCUCUUCAACUUCCAGCGAAUAAUGAUGGAUGUCUUCAACAGUUUUGGCACUUGGAAAUUCGCGAAUGAAGCCGACCGACCAGAACUGGCGUGCUGGCUGUGCAAGAUAUUUGACAAAAUACUACACUACGCUUACGAUACUAACAGCUUUGAAGAGACUAUGUCGCAGCUGACCGCCGCACUCGUACCAUCCGCGAAAGUUAUUGCGGACGUCUUUCUCUCAUCCUCGAAAGCCGAGCUCACAAUGGAACCGUUGAUACGAAUAUGUGCUGCAGGCAUGCUAGAAACAUCCGGUUCGUUGCAGACUGGGAGCAGAAGGUAUUGUAUCGAACAGACCAAACACGCCUUACAAUUACUUUCUACACUUAUUCGCGUCAGUGACAUCUUGGACCGACGCUCGUCUCAUCUUAACAAUCAUCUCUACGAUAACAUCAAGAUAUUCACCACACUCUACGCAGCGCAUGAGAUGUACAGAGCGCCCGUCGUCCAGCUCUUGGACGCCAUUGUCCGAGCGCCAUCAGACUUACCACAACCAUCAUCCCUGUUAGCUCAUCUCGGUCAAGAAAAUGCCGGCAGCUUCUUGCAAAUGCUCUCUGUCCUUGAUAGACCAGUGCGAGAUAAUCGUCUCUUUGUUGCCAUCUGGAGACUGCUCGGCAGUAUUGUGGCUACGCGACAGCAAUGGUUUGCCCAUUUCAUUCUGACUGGGAAACGACCGCCAAGAACAACCAAGGCUGGGACCGCUGAACAGAGUGAGAAGCAGAUGACGCCGAUGCUGAGCCUUGCACUUGACCAAUUGCAUAUCAUUGACAAGCUAGAAAGCAAGAGAGCACUUGCCAUGCUUGAAUUUGUCGCCAAUGCUGUUGACUACUGGCCUCAGACGCUACAAACGCUUCACGAUCAUCCAACCUUCCUAUUGUCAGUCUCUAGAUUUGCCUCUCGACCUGAGGUAAGGACAAGGAAUCGAGGAGCCAAUGUUGACGAAGAAUGCAAUAAGACACAGAUGUCCGCAUGCAUCGCUGAGAUCUUGGCCAUGUACACACAUUGGUCUCAGGAGCAAGGCAGCUCCAGAUUUGCUCAAGAGGUUCUUGAGCAUUUGCACCAGUUCGCGAAAAAUGCCAACUUUGUGCCCAUGUACAACGCUUCUCUGCAUGGCAAUUUGAGACGGAAUUUUGCGGCGAAAUAUCAAGGCUGUAGCUUGGAUGACUUUCAGCGCACGGCACUGAUUCAAGCAUCUCUGGGCGAUUCAUACUUCUAUGACUUGGAUAUGGCUUCCAAAAUGCUGUCCUUCGAUCCGUCAUGGACAGGUCUUGGAGGAGAAGGCUUCGCGGACGAGGUCAAGAGGGCUAACUUCAACCUAUCUAUCGUUGAAGCUCAAGUGGUAAGAUUAGCAACCGAACUCCAACCGAAUUCCAUGACUGAGCUAAUAUUUCAGGCCCUAUUCUCGAGUUGGAAAAGCUUCCUCAUCGAGCUCGUCGCUCCUCUAGCGAAAGAAUCGCGGUUCCAAAAGAUCAUAGCACAAACAGUGAUCGACUGCCUUCAGGCGAAUGCUGAAAAUGCAUUGCCAGAAGAAUUCUUUCAACGAUUGAUGCAAACAAGAGCUGACCUCGCAUUCACCCUUCUUCAAACUCUGAAUGAAGUCAAAAGCGCCGAGACGGUGGCCCAAGGCAUCUUGAAUGUUGCCUGGGAAACAUUACGAAACCACAACACAAACCUCGGAGAAGCCUUGGGGGCCGGAGACGCUGACUAUCACAGGACACUCGUCCGCAUACUUUUUCUCGCACUACAGCUUCACAUAAGCGGCGGUGAAGGUCCUGCUGCAGCAACGCAAGCAUUGAACCAAGCCACGAAUAAUCCUGCACCUAAACCUCGCUCACAAGUCGGUGACACAACUCUCCAGGUUGCGCUCGAAAUCACAAGUCAAAUCGUUGGCGAAGGAUUCUGCUCCCUCACAACUCUCCUCCACGAAUUUCCAAGCCUUGUAUCUCCCGCAGACUUCUCUCUCCUCAUAGCUAUCCUCCACUCUUGUCUCCAAAUACCAGGCGUAUCCACCAGCUCCGAGCACCUUAUGAAAGCCUUCGCAGACACGCAAACCCCACGCUACGCCGCCGUUCUUCUCUCCUGGUCAGAUCGACUCGCCGCAUCCGGUGAUCCCAUAUACGGCGAAGUCUCCAUCCACUUCCUUCUCGAGCUCUCCACAGUCCAGCCUCUGGCAGAAACCCUAGCCGUCGAAGGUGUCCUUUCCCAUAUCCUCACAGCCAAGAUAAUGGAAGCACUUCAAGAAAAAGCUUUCGGUCCCUUUGACGAGCCACCUCGCUUAUUCACGAUCUGGUCUCGGGGUCUCUUACCCUUACUCCUGAACCUCCUACAAGCCGUCGGCCCCUCAAUCGCCGCCGAAGUAGCAGGCGCCCUCAAUACCUUCCCUCACCAGCUUUCCCGCGCAAGUCAAGCGUUCGGUACAUCGCCCAGCAGCACAUCCCCCGCCAAAAAUCCUUCCAAGGGGUACUUCACCCUCUCCAUGGCGCAAGAAGCCUCAUCCCUCGCCCUCAUCGUGAGCAUCCUCCGCACCUUCCGCGAAGCUGGCGCCAGCGCGGCCGUGCAAGCGGGCCAGAUCGAGGACGUGAAGUGGGAUGCGGCGCAAGUGAGGGAGGAUGUGGAAGGCUGGUUGACUAGACGCGGGGCGUUGAGGGAUAAGAUUGUGCCGACGAGUGGGAAGGAGGAGGCGUGGGGGCGGAUGAAGGCGAGGAGGGAUGGGGGGGCGGAGAAUAGGCUUGAGGAGAGGGUUGUGGAUGAGUUGCUGGGCGUUGUUGGUGUUUUGGGGGGUGAGGAUAAAUAG